GCAGUGUCGCAGUGUCUCCGGGCAGGUUGCUGCUUUUACGCAUCAGUCAAACACUUUAACACGAGUCACAUCCCCGACACUCUCAACUCGUGCAGCCGAGCAGGAGCUGCGCUGGUCGGACACAGAGUGCUGAGAGCAGCCGGGGAGCAGCACCGGGGACCGGAGACCGGAGACAGCGGCGGGUCUUUGUGCCAUGUUUUUCUCCCGUUAACCGGAUUAUUGGAUGAAGCACACCUGCAGCUGACGGUCCACUGUGAAGCAGGAUGAACGGAUAUGAAACUCCAGCUCUCGCCUCCGGCAUCUUCGGCUCCUACAGCUCACAGAUCAAUGGCCAUGUCUCUCCGGAGCCUCCCAACCAUAAAGCCAAGUCCAGUGCCAAAGCUCUGUACGAACAAAGAAAACACUUCACCAAAACCAGCAUCAACAGCCUGACGGACACAUCGCAGUAUCAUGUGGAGCACCUGACCACGUUCGUGUUGGACCGUAAAGACGGGAUAAUCACCGUGGACGAUGGCAUCAGACGUCUUCGCCUGCUGGAUGCUAAAGGAAAAGUCUGGACUCAGGAGAUGUUGUUGCAGGUGGAGGAGAAAACUGUGAGCCUCAUCGACCAGGAGACGAAGAACGAGUUGGAGAACUUCCCCAUCGGGACGAUCCAGCACUGCCAGGCCGUGAUGAAUGCCUGCAGCUACGACUCCAUCUUGGCUCUGGUGUGUAAAGACUCGGGUCAGAGUAAACCGGACCUCCACCUGUUCCAGUGUGACGACAUCAAGGCGAAUCUGAUCCACGCAGACAUAGAAAGUGCCAUGAUCGAUGCCAAAGGAGGCAAAGUGAAGAAGAGACCAGAGACACUAAAGAUGAUCCUGAAGAGCGAUGGGAUCAUCCCUCCUCCCCCCGCCGCUCCCGCCCCCGAGCCGCCGGCAGCGUCCGAUCAGGUGGACGUGAAGAGUCGAGUGGCGGCCUGGUCCGCCUGGACCAAUGAGCAGCCAGACUAUGAGCAGCAGUUCAGUGAGGAGGACGGACCGGUGGAGAUGACUGCAGCCAGAGUGGACCGAGAUGUGCAAAUCCUGAACCACAUCCUGGACGACAUCGAGUUCUUCGUCACCAAACUCCAGAAGGCGGCCGAGGCCUUUACCGAGCUGUCCAAGAGGAAGAAGACCAAGAAAGGCAAAAAGAAAGGUCCAGGAGAGGGCGUCCUGACGCUGCGCUCCAAACCUCCCGGUGAGGACGAGUUUGUGGACUGUUUGCAGAAGUUCAAACACGCCUUCAACCAGCUGGGCAAACUGAAGCAUCAAAUCCAGAACCCGAGCGCCGUGGAUCUGCUUCAUUUCCUGUUCAACCCGCUCAGGAUGGUGAUCCAGGCAUCGGGCAGUGUGGAUCUGGCUCGCAGCGUCGUGGUUCCUCUGCUGACCAGAGAGGCCAUCGACUUCCUGCACGCCACAGGAAACGCAGAGGAGAGACACCUGUGGGUCACUCUGGGAGACGGGUGGACCAAAUGCAGGUUGGAGUGGCCGAAGGAUCAUUACUUCCCGCCCUGCGUGCUGAGGUUUCGUGACGGUUGGGAGCCUCCGGCGCUCCCGACGGCGACUCUGUCCAGAGAGCAGGAGCUGGCCGGCGUGGAGGUCCAGAGACAAGAGGAGCUGAGGAUGAGACUGGCUCAGGAGCAGUCGGCGCUGCAGAGGUUCCCUCCUGCAGACGGGUACGCCUCCUUCUCCAACGCCUCCUACAAACGCAUGCAGAUCCUGGAUCAGGAAGCGGCCAUGGCUGCGUUUAAACAGGCCGUCAGCCGCCGCGUAGACCGAAGUUUUGACGCUGGCCAAUCCAAACUGUUUGCCAAAUCCAAAUAUGACUUUGUGGCGAGAAACAACACGGAGCUGUCGGUGCUGAAAGACGAGGUCGUCGAGGUUCUGGACGACAGGAAGCAGUGGUGGAAGGUUCGUAACGGUGGCGGAGCGUCCGGCUACGUGCCAAACAACAUCCUGGAGAUGACCAAAGCGGUGGACAUCACGGGCCGAGGGGAGCCCAUCUACAGCCAUACUAUACAGCUUAUGAUGCCAAAGAAGGAGUUUGAGUUGUUCAAGCAAUUACUGGGAGAGUUGAACGAGAAGCAGACAACCAGGACCGACUUCAUUCCCAGUAAACCGGUCGCCACUCCGAUGCCUCCGGCUCCCACGCCGCCUCCUCCGGCCCCCGCCAGGCUCCCCACGCCGCCGCUGCCUCCUCCGCCCGCAGAGCCCGCCAGGCCUACCGCCGCCAGCAGCGCAGUCAGCCGCCAGAACAGCACCACAUCCAGCGAUAACGGCAGCGUCGCCAUGAGGGACCACGGCAACCAGAGGCCGGCGCCUGGCAACCGCAGGAAGUCCAACAUGGAGGAGGUUCAGGAUGAGCUGAUGCACAGACUGACGUUGGGUCGCAGCGCUCAGAAGAAGUUCCAGGUUCCAGCUCGUGGCGGUGGCGGCGGCGGUGGCGGUGGCGGUGGCGGCAACCCGCAGUUGGUCAGCAUCACCUACGACUCCUCGCCAGACGAUGUCAGAGCCUGGUUGGAGGCUAAAGGCUUCAGUCCAGUGACCAUCACCAGCCUCGGCGUCCUGACCGGAGCUCAGCUGUUCUCUCUCAACAAGGAGGAGCUGAAGACGGUUUGUCCUGACGACGGCGCUCGAGUCUUCAGCCAGGUCACCGUCCAGAAGGCGGCGCUAGAGAAGAGUUCGGGCUCUGAGCUGCAGGAGAUUAUGAGGAGGCGACAGGAGAAACUGGCAGCCACCACCUGUGAUUCAGGGGUGGAGUCUUUUGAUGAAGGCAGCACCCACUGAGCUCCACGUGACCUCCUCCUCCUCCUCCUCCUCCUCCUCCUCCUCCUUUCCUCCCUUCCUCCCUCCUCCUCCCUUCCUCUCUCCUCCUCCCUUCCUCCCUACUGUACUUUCUUUUUAUUCUUUCACACUGCAUCCGCUCUUUUCUCGCACUCUUAAUCCUCAGGCGGCAGCUGACCACGCCAAGUUCGUGGAGAUCAUGCGGCGACGGCAGGAAACCCUCAGCUCGUCUCCGUAGGACGCCGUCCGAUCUGCUCGAACACAAAGAGAAAAUUCUGCCACGUUUGCCUCAAGUUGACUGAACGCUGAUGCAGGUUUCUCUUCUGCAGGAGCGUCUGGUUGGUGUCUGAAGCUGCUCAGUAGCUCAUUUUCCAAAGCGAAGCCUCUCAGUAUUAAAGCCCGACCAGCUGCUGCUGCCCGGCGGCUGCAGUUUGUGCCUCUUUAACCACAAAGGAGUCGUUCUAUUGAUCCACCGUCAGCCUGAACCACAACCUGUUCAGUACUGACACAUGCUAACCUGGACAACUAGCAUAGUUAGCAUUAAUGAUCAGAUAUUGUUAUGGAAGUCUGACAGUAAAAUAAGAAAAUAAAAUGAAAACUUGAAAAUGAUCAUGUUAAGUCAAAAUUAUGAGAUAUGAAGUUGAAAUUAUGAGAAUGAUUUUGCAUAAUUACAAAAGAUGAAAACUUAGCCUUGAUAAUAAAUAAAAUAAUGAAUAUAAUUAUGGCUUUUGAUCUCAUAAUCUUGACUUAAUAAUACAUUAUUUUUAGUAAGUUUCCAUCUUGUUUUUGUUUUCCUGGCACUGAUGGGCUUCCAUACUUUAUCUGUUAAUGGACCAUGUUGGUUGUUCAAAGAUCUUCCAGAGUAGCAGAUGCUUCACUCUGACUGUAACAACAUCAAACUGGAGGCACAAACUGGAGCCAGCAGUUGAUUAAAGUGACGGGCUGAUAAUAUUAUUAUAAUAAACACAGUAAAUGUGGCUUUAUGACAUUAUUCACACACUGAUGUAUAUAACUGUACAUUUCAGAUUUUUGAGCAAAGAGAAUUAUGAUUUUCAUAGUAUAUAAUCCUUUUAUUUUAUCAGAAGUUGAAUUGAUAAUAGAACUGAUCGACAGAAAAAUAACUUUAUUCUAAUUUAUGAUUUAGUUAGUGACACAAACAGGAUGCUGUUAGCAGCAUUUUUGCACAGUAAAUAAUAAAAAAUAUAAAGGUUUCUAUGUGAAGAAUCAAACCUGUGAAAUGAUUCAACAGUUUAGUCUUUUUUUUUAUGGGCUGAUUGAUUUUUUUUUUUACAGUCUUUCCUGAGAGGUCAAAUGUCGUCCAAACACUGAACUGAAUGUUUUCUGCUUUAAACGCGAGUUUGUUAACGACUGAAUGAUAAUUACAGUAAAUUAUAUGCAGCAGUUUCUGUGGACAGAAAGUAGAAUUUAUUUAUAGAUUAUUAAUACAGGAGAUUGGUUCAAACCACUGUUACCAUGGAGAUCCUGAACCAGGUUACCCUUCCUAAGCCCCGCCCAUUUUUUCUAUGUGCUCCAAUCACAUUUGAGCAGCUUUCUUCUUUCCUGUGCUUAGAUAUGCUAUGCUAGGCUAAUCUAUGUUGGAAAAACAACCAUAUUGUGAAGAUGGUUCAAAGAUAAGAGACAUAUAGUCACAUCUUAAGUUAGCUAAUGUUGCCAAAAACAGCUAACUAGCUAUUUAUACAUUGUUGAUGCUAGCAUUUUGCUAACAUUAGCUAACUUAAGAUGUGACUGUAUAUAUGUCUCUUCUAUAUUUUAACCUUCUUUACAAUGUGGUUGUCGUUCCAUCAUAGAUUAGCCUAGUGUAGCAUAUCUAAGCACAGGACAGGAGGAAGUUGGCCGAGGUUCCCAAAGGGGACGGGGCUUCGCACUGCCUCACUCACAAUAUUCGAAUAUUUAAUAAUAUUUUAAUUUUAGAAUUGACUCUUCAACAGUAAAUUCUGUGUCGAGAAAAGUUGGUCGAAUGUUGGAAGAAAGAAAAAACUCUGUAAGCAAAAGAUAAUUUCUACGACACAAACUAAUAAUGUGACUAUUUUUUUAUGAGUUUCUACCGAGCAGCCUAUCUGGAGCAAAAGUUGUCUGUAAAAUAUAAAUAAGUAUGUAUAUGCUUGCAUAUAAGAUGUACAAAGAUCAGCCUCACUGUGGCAUCAACUGAUUGUAUUGAUUUUGUUUUCCACUUAUGCACAAAGUGUCUCCGACCAGUUUCCUGGUUGAGUGUAAAGGAAGUAAGAAGUGGAAUAAACUGAUGAAAAGGUUUUUCUGUAGCACAACUCUGUAAUUAACACUACUGAUUAAAGCUGAGUACUUUAUGGAUAAUCGCUGUUUCUGUAUUUAACAGUUCUAGAAGCCAAUCAGAGUGAAAAGUUAGCGAUAAAAGCAUUUGUAUGUGUAUAGUUUUCAUGGUGCCUUUUCCAUUAAAUCUGCUCAUUCUGCAAUAAAACCUUUAUAAAAAAUCA